UUUAUAUUAUUGUGGUAUCAAGAAUAGUGCGCAAACACUUUGAAACUCUGCCAGUGAAAACACUCUCACUGACGGAUUUCUCUCAUCUCUUAAAGAAGAUGUUUCCUCACUCUUUGCUGGCUUCGACAUUGUUUCUGCUUCUCACAGUGCAGAUCUUGAGCACUGCAGAAUGUUGGACAGGUUCACAGAAGCGCCGUCAAAAAAGGGAAUGGAUUGUACCUGUUAAAAAGAUUACAGAAAAUGUGGACUACAGUAAUGAGCCAUAUGUCAGUAAGAUACAAUCAGAUCUUGACCAGAAGGAGCCACUGCGCUACAGUCUGAGGGGUCCAGGAAUUGACCAGCCACCUAUCGGUUAUUUCGUGGUAGACGAGUACAAAGGGUGGAUUCGCAUCAUACGGCCUCUGGAUCGUGAGGAGAGACAAAACUACACUAUUAUUGGCACUGCAUGGUUCCCUAACAACUCCAUAGCUGAAGAUAAUAUUAAAAUAAACAUCGCCGUGGAGGACCAGAAUGAUAACCCACCAGUUUUCAUCAAGCCUGAACAAAGCAGAAUUUACGAGGGGAGUCAAGUUGGGACUAUUGUUACACAAGUUGUGGCCAAAGAUGCAGAUGACCCAAAAACUGAUCACACUAAGAUAGCGUACAGCUUAAUCAAACAAGAGCCAAACAACGGCCAUCUUUUCUUUGCUGUAAAUAAAGACAGUGGAAUAAUCUCUGUGAGCAACCAAGCACUUGACAGAGAGGAACACAGCUUGUAUGUUCUUACAGUGCAAGCUGCUGACAUGUAUGGAGAUGCUAAAGGAAAUUCUGCUACAGCUACUGUAUAUGUAGACAUCCUGGAUGUUAAUGACAAUAUUCCCACUUUGGAGAAGGAUGAGUUUUCAGUAAGCAUUGAUGAGAAUGAGGCACCCAUUGAGGUUUUAAAGAUCCAGGCACUGGAUAACGAUGAAGAAAGGACAGACAAUUGGUUGGCCGUGUUUGAAAUAACCUCUGGAAACGAGGAUGGACGUUUCUCCAUUAAAACUGAUCCGAAGACAAAUGUGGGUACUUUGUACCUGAACAAGCCUGUUGACUUUGAGUCAGCAUCUAAUCUGAAACUGAACCUAGCUGUUGCAAACAUAGCUGAUCCAGGAGCACCUUUAGGGAGUGGAGCAGGAGCAGGAGGUUCAAACACUGGAUCAGAUGGUGCUGCUGGAGCUUCUGGAGCUGGUGGUCAAUCUGGAGGAUCUGGAGCCGGUGGUCAAUCUGGAGGAUCUGGAGCUGGUGGUCAAUCUGGAGCUUCUGGAGCUGGUGGUCAGUCUGGAGGAUCUGGAGCCGGUGGUCAGGGGUCUGGACCUGGAACUGGAUUGGUGUUUUUGUCAGGCUCCAGCGUGUCCAAGAAAAAGUCAUACUUAGUGAAUAUCAGUGUGAGAAACAAACCAGAAGGCCCAAAGUUCCAGCCACGGGUCAAGCCUAUAUCUGUAUCUGAAAACACCAAAAGUUCUAUUCCAACAGUAAUUGACACCUACACUGCUGUAGAAGAAGACACAGGGAAACCAGCAGAAAAAGUCAAAUAUGCAAAGGGAUAUGACCCUGACAACUGGGUUUCUAUUAACACGGACACUGCUGAGAUCACACUCAACAAGGUACCAGAUCGUGAGUCUCCAUAUGUGGUAAACGGGACCUACUAUGCCAAGAUCCUCUGCAUUACAGAUGAGCUGCCCUCUCUGACGUCUACAGGAACCAUAGCCUUGCAGGUGGAGGACAUGAAUGAUAACUGCCCCAAACUCCUUGAUAAUGUGCAGACCAUCUGCAGUGAUACCAGAGUAGUAAAUAUCACAGCAGAAGAUAAUGAUUUCUAUCCCAACGGAGCUCCACUGGAGUUCAGAUUGAUACAAGAGAAGACACAAGGCAAAUGGAACGUGCAGAGAAUAAAUGAUGUAAGUGCUUCACUGCUCGCUGAAGAUGAAUUAUGGCCUGGUUUUUACGAAAUCACCAUGGAGAUCAGAGACAUGCAAGGACUGACCUGCCCCGAUGAGCAAGUCCUCCAGUUAGAGGUUUGCACCUGCUCUGAAGGAGUGGUUUGUGGUGCAAAAAUGGCAGCAGUAGGCCAACACACUGCAUCAGCCACUCUUGGAGCACCAGGAAUUGCUUUCCUGAUUCUAGGAUUCCUCUGCCUAAUCUUGGUGCCCAUGGCCUUAAUAAAAUGUGAACGUGGUGGGAGUGCUGGAAUACAUUUUAUUGACAUGCCAUUUGAAACCAAGCAACACCUUAUGUCCUAUAGCACAGAGGGAAAAGGAGAAGAUGGGGAUGUUCUUCUGAUGAGCACCCCAACAAAACUCAACAAUGGAGGGGGUGAUGGAAUAAAAAUGUCCAAAGAACCUUUGAGAAUGGUGGCGGAAUCAUUCCAUCAUUCCGGGAAAGUCCCAGAAUUAAACCAACCUGUCUUUAACAGUUCUAAAAUGGUAGGAAUGAUGCAAGAGAAUGCAUUUGGAGGCUUUUCCUAUGAUACUGAUGGAGUAGACAUGGAAAUAUCUGCCAGGCGUCAAGAAGAACAUGAGGUCUUUUUUAAUGCGGCAAUCCUAAAUGAAUACUUAAUUCAAAAAUGUAGGUAUAUACAAGACUCUGAUUCUCUGGAGGAAGGAUUGAAGGAGUAUGAUUAUGAGGGUGAAGGAUCUGUUAUCAGUUCUAUUGGCAACUGCAGCUACAACGAGUCCAACGAUGACCUGGAGUUCUUGAACAACCUUGGUACAAAGUUCACCACCUUGGCUGAGGUCUGUGGAUUUAGACAGACUCAAUCUCCUCAGGCUGACCCAAAAGUUACUGUAAAUACUGUUGAGACAACACCAGCAGUUACUGUAAAUGCUGUUGAGACAACAGCAACCACAACGGCAUUUACUGCAGUAUCUUCCAAUCACAUGACCAACACCGACCAGCCCAGUCCUGUGGAAAUAACUGUUAAAUCACCACUUGUCCAAACAGCACCUAGUCAGGGGAUGGUCGUACAGGAGCCUAUGUACUAUGGGUUCAACCAACCAAUGCAAAACAAUGUUUUGUUGUCUGGGGAUGGAUUUGGGCAAGGUGUUUACAUAAUUAAUGGCACUCCAGAAGCUGACAGACUUCUCACUCAAGGUAACAGCCAUGCACUUGCACAUUUAGCUAGUGGACAGCAGGUCAUCAUUGGUGAUUCCAUCCCGUACUCUCAAAUUGGACCUCAAAGUCCAGUCAUGUUUAAUCAAGGGUUAGGUGAAGUUAAUUCUGCGGUAAUCCAGAACCUUUCACCAACUACAAACCUUGUAAUGAUGCCACAGCAACAACUAGAUAGAACUGGUUCACUACAGAUGGUAAAAGUACCUAUGGGAUCAGUUGUAUCAGGGGAGAGUGGGCAGGGUAGAGUAACUCUUCUAGAUGGUUCAGCCAAUGGAGGAAUGGUAUUAGUUGGAGGUCCAAAUCAACGUCCCAUGAGCCCACAACAAUUUUACACAAUAAGUUCUCAAGAGAUGAGUGGACCAGUACAAAUUAACCAAAGAGCAAUUGAUGGCUCAUUUUCCAAUGCACAGAAUGAUGGACAAGGGAAAGUAAGAAUUAUAGAGGGUCUCGUCAAUGGAGGUAAUGUUUUAGUAGGAGGCCCAGGAGCACCAAACCUAGUGAGCAUGCCUCAAAUUGCAAAUGGUCAAGUAAACAGCCAGCUAUUAUUAAAUAGUCCUUUCUCAGGUGCUCAGAAUAUUGUAUCAGGAGAAGGUGGAGAGAGUAGACUGUUGUUUAGUGGUCCUUCUAUUCCAGAGGGUCCCAUCAAUGGAGGUAGCUUAAUGGUUGCAGGUCCAGGACAGUAUCCUGUGUCCAUGAGUACAGGUACGUCAAACCUAGUGAGCAUGUCUCAAGUUGCAACUGGACAGGUAAAUAACAGUCAGCUAUUAGUAGGUGGUCCCUUCUCGAGUGUUCAGAACAUUGUAGCAGGAGAAGGUGGACAGAGUAGACUAUUGGUUAAUGGUCCAAUUCAACGUCCACUUGUCAUGAGUCAAGGAGCACCUAGUCCUGUAGGACUGCCUCAGAUGGCAAACAAACAGUUAUUCCGCUCUACAGCGUCCAAAGUUCUGACUUCACUGGUUAUGACACCAAAAUCCAGAGGUCUUGUAAAAAAUGGGCACCUGAAUGAUUAGGAGUGAUCAAUUCCCAAUUUAAUACCAUUAUUUUUCUCUGGGCCGAAUUGCUCACAGAGAAGCAGAUAAACUAUUUUAGGCAUCAGAUGAAUUAGAAGUACUUCAUUUUAAUGACAAUAAAUGAAAACACUAAGUGGGCAUGAGCAUUUUGUUUUUUAGAAAUCUACAUGAAGGGUGCUUUGAAUUAGUUUUAAAGGCCAAUAAUGUUAAAGGGUUAGUAACCCCAAAAUGAAAAUUCUGUCAAUAUUUACUCACCCUCCAAACCCGUGAGAAUUUCUUUCAUCUUCAGAACAAAAUUUAAGAUCUUUUUGGUAACAGAAUGCUGUCAGAUUUCCUUCCAUAGACUGCCUUUGCAACUGCCCCUUUGACGCUUCAAAAACUUCACAAAGAGAUCUUAAAACUAAUCUGUAUGAAUUGAGCGGUUAAGUCCAAAUUUUCUGAAGAGAAUCGAUUGCUUGUUAUGCUAUUUAAUUAGGCUUUUACUCACAUGUAAACAUUGAUCAUUGAACAUAAGCAGAAACUCAACCGAACCUGAACCUUGUGCAUUAUUCAGGUUUGAUUGAGCUUCUGCUUAUGUUCACUGAUCAAUGUUUACAUGCGAGUAAAAGCCUAUAUUAAAUCUGGGUUAGGGUUAGAGAUCGUAAAACUAAUCCGUAUGAAUUGAGCGGUUUAGUCCAAAAUUUCU